AUGAUGCAAGGCAAAGCAACAGGAUAUCAACACAAAGAUAAACUUAUGUUAGAUGAAGACAAGUUUAGAAACCUGUCCAUGCUUGAGAGAUCAACCAUAAGGAAGGUUGCUUCUAAGAUGGAAGUAAGCAAUACAACAAUUGGUAGAUUUCUUAAGAGUAAUCAGUUGAAACCUCGCACAAGUGCUAUCAAGCCUACACUUACUGAAACCAACAAAAUUGCAAGGAUGAAAUGGUGUCUUUCUCAUAUUCAGCCAACACUAGCUGAAGGUAAACUUCUUUACCAUUCAAUGCACAACAUUGUUCAUAUUGACGAGAAAUGGUUCUACAUGACAAAGACAUCAGAUAGAUACUACCUUUUGCCGGAUGAAGAUGUGCCAUACAGGUCCUGUAAGUCCAAGAGAUUCAUCACUAAAGUGAUGUUCAUGGCUGUUGUCAGUAGGCCACUUUGUGGGCCUGAUGGAGAAAUCAUAUUCGAUGGUAAAAUAGGCUUAUUCCCAUUCACAGAACAAAUACCAGCCCAAAGAAGUUCAAAGAACAGGCCAAAAUGGACACUUGAGACAAAGCCUAUUCAAUCAAUUACCAAGGAAGUCAUGACAGCUUGUCUCCUAAGCCAGAUUAUACCAACAAUCAAGGCCAAAUGGCCAGCCAAUGCAAGCAAGAAGAUUUUCAUACAGCAAGAUAAUGUCAAACCUCACCUUAGAGCUGCUGAUCAACAGUUUAAGUCACUUGCUAAUACUGAUGGGUUUGAAUUCCAUCUAAUUAGCCAACCACCCAACUCCCCCGACACAAAUGUGUUAGACCUUGGGUAUUUCAGGGCAAUACAGUCACUUCAAGAUGACAAGAUGACCACAAGUGUAGAUGACUUGCUUAGGAAUGUGUUUACCUCAUUUGAAGAACUCUCACCACAGACUCUGAAUAGAGUAUUCAUCACAUUGCAAAGCUGUUUGACAGCAAUAUUACAAGUGCAAGGGAAGAAUGACUACAAGAUCCCUCAUUUAAACAAGGACAGAUUACACAGAACAGAGGGCUGCCUUUACAACUUUAGGUUGAAGAGGGUUUGGUGA